AUGGCGGAUAUUAUGAUUCCGAAUGUCCGCUCACCGUUAUCUGAAGCUUCGAAUCGAAUCAACUCGAACCAUCCCCCUCAGGAGGCUCAUCGGUACAAACCACGCCACGACCGCCCUCCCGCGUCGACCGUCAACAACCCCCCACGCGCGAGCUAUGGGCAUCCGGCUGCAUACUUUUCUGGCCGGCCUCCUCCUACGCAACCGCAGUCGACUGGCCCAAAACCACAAGGAAAUCCUACAUUGAAACCACCUACUGACAUGGACGAUGAUCGUCGACACUCGGGGGCAUCUUAUGAUUCUUCGGGCAGUGGUCACAGCAAGAAGAAUUAUAAGACGCACAUCGGCCCCUGGCAGUUAGGCAAGACUCUCGGCAAAGGCUCAUCUGCACGUGUACGGCUAUGUCGCCACAACGUAACUCACCAGCUAGCCGCUGUCAAGAUUGUCAACAGGCGAAUGGCAUAUCUUGUACAGGAUAGCAGUUUAGCUGCUCUCAGCAAAUGGGAUAAUAACCUCCCAGAGCAGAUUGAUGGCGAGAUACGUGUCCCUAUGGCCAUCGAACGAGAAGUGGCCAUUCUCAAGCUCAUCGAGCACCCGCACAUCAUGAAGAUAUAUGAUAUUUGGGAGAACCGCUCAGAAGUUUACUUGAUACUCGAAUAUAUUGAUCAAGGCGAUCUGUUCACCUUUAUCAAUAUGAAGGGUCGCCUUAGUGAGGAAGUCUCCGUCUACUUUUUUCGACAAAUCAUCAGCGCCAUCUCAUACUGCCAUUCCUUCAACAUCUGCCACCGAGACCUCAAGCCUGAGAACAUACUGAUCAGUGCUAACCUCAAAAUCAAAAUUGCUGAUUUUGGAAUGGCUGCUCUCCACCAAACCGACACUCAUCGGCUCAAUACAGCAUGUGGUAGUCCCCAUUACGCAGCACCCGAACUCCUCAAGAACCGACAAUAUCGGGGCGACAAAGCCGACCUUUGGAGUAUGGGUGUCAUCCUUUUUGCCAUGCUCUCUGCGACUCUUCCAUUUGAUGAUCCGGACAUACGCGUUAUGAUGUCUAAGACGAAGAAGGGUCAAUAUGAGAUGCCAAAUUACCUCAGCCCAGAGGCCGAGGACCUGAUCAGGCGAAUGCUGCAGGUCAACCCCGACCGGCGCAUCACCCUCAAGGAAAUAUGGCGCCAUCCCUUGGUCAAAAAGUAUGCGUAUCUUGACAAUCUUGACGAUCUCAACAGUCAACCUCCUGAUAUACGCAAAGGAUUUCAAUAUACCCCUGUGCCCGCUCAAGACGUGGAUUCUCAGCUGGUUCGUCAGCUGCGGUCUAUGUGGCACACGUUCAGCGAAAACGAUUUGAAGCUGAAGCUCACAUGUGAUGAGCCCAACGAUCAAAAAGCUUUCUAUUGGUUGUUGUAUCAGUACCGAGAGCAACAAUUAGAAGACUUCAAGCCCGAAAUUGCUCACUCGACAAGUGACUAUCAUCACAUGAAACCAGGUACAUGGAAGAAACGUGUGUCAACUUGUGAAUUCACGCAGCCGGGCAGUAAUGGUCAUGGACGUUCCAUUUCACGGUUUACUGUGAUCUCGAAUGCAACUGAACCAGGCAGAUCCGCAAGCCACGAGCCUCUCCAAGAAGACGACAAUGGCUCUUACACCGGGCAACCAAAAAGGCUUCGAAGCGGAUCAAGUGCGCGCCGUGGACGUGGAACAUCAACUCGAACCUCCACCACAGGACGCCUACUAUCCUCGAGAGGCUCACUGUCGUCCAUGCACAGUAGUCGACAGGGCACGCCGCAUGCACGCAACGCGCGCCACAAACGAGGAGUCGACUUCACGCAUGUUAGGAAGAGGUCCACUUCUACCAACGGUAAUAGGAGUGGCUCUGUGCCACCUUAUGUCACGGAACAAGGAUCAACCUACCAACUUGAGAUGGCUCGACCAUUUACACCAGAUGUUCCAGAACUCUCAAGUACUGUGCUGCCAAAGACGAAAGACAGGCAUGAGGCUCAAGUCAACACAAACCGCGCUUCUGGACAAGCAAUGCGAAUAGCAUUAGGAUCACGAUAUGCAUCAGAGAUCUUCAAGGAAGAACUGCGCCAUUUCAGCAGCAACAUUGCUAAGGAUUGCGACGAAGCUUUCAAGAGCUCAUUGAUAGAAGAAGACUCCAUUGCUGGCUCACUCACAGAACCGGAUAGAACCCAGUACGAGUCAACGCCCAUAUCCUUCACUAUCGACGCUCCGGAUGAAUCAGCCCCAGACAUUCUUGACUUGACGGCCAAAUCUUUCAGUAACCGGCCUCUUCCGCCUCUCCCCACGCCUUUACAGGGCCACGAUGAACGUUCGCUAGUUCCAACCCCUAUCGGGUCGCGACCAACAACUGGCGACUCACACUUGGAGGAGCUGCGUGCCGAUCAAGUCAAAGUUGCUCAGCCAGUCGUUCUCACGAGGCACGCAGAGCGCCGAGUCAUCUCAGCCCCGGCUUACCAUCAGAAAUCGAAAAUGAAUGCGGCUCUUCCGUCUAUCAACGAAACAGGAGCCAUAUCUAACGACAAGGCCCGUAUCGUGUCAGCCCCUCCUCACACGCCGACAACGAGAGGGGUGGAUAGAAUCCGUGGCAUUGAGUACCUUAGCCAAGUCGAAAACAGUAUUCGAGUGGUAAAUUCACCAGGAGAUGAGAGUCCUGUCAAGAUGCCUAAACCUCUCAAUGUGCGAAAGAAGGUGACUGAACCUCGACAUGGGAAUGCCACUUCCUUUGCUCAACGUCCGGGGCCAGAUUCGACGUCUCAACGCAGCGAAGAUGGGGGCACGUCCGCAAAUACAACACUCCUGGAUCAUUCUUCGCAUGAUAGUUCUGCGGUAGUGAAGAAGAAGAAGACGUCAUGGUUCAAGCGUACUUCCAAGGUCGAAUCCAACAACGGCCGAGAAUCUGUCGACUGGCAAGAUUGCAACUCAUACUUAACCUCUAGCGACGGCAAGCGAAGCGAUUCUACUAUAACAGAUGCCCCCUCCAAGAAGAAGACAUUCAACUUUAGUUUCUGGAAGAGCAACAAACAAAGAGAUUCCAUCAUGUCCAUCGCAAAAGAGCCUGAUGACAAGGAAGAGCGUCCUUCCGUCGAGUUGAGUGUCGUUGGUAAGACCAACACUUCAACAAAGGUAUCGCAGUCCACAUGGCAUGAGUCGAACUCCGGGCCAGUACGAAACAUCGAAGUCAAACAGAACUGGCUCGCGCGUUUGUUCAGAGUCAAGCCAGCAACAGACCAUAUCUGCAUGACUAUUUCGAGAAGACGCGCACGACAGGAGGUUACCAUUCUCCUGCGGGAGUGGCGCAAGUACGGCAUUCGGGACAUUCAGGUAGACAAGCAAAGGAACAUCGUAUUUGCACGGGUCGCAGAUAAGAACUUUUUGAACCUGAAAGAAGUGUCCUUUGCAGCCGAGGUUAUCACGGUGAUUGAGCAUGGCAAGAAGCAGCCGCUCAGCAUUAUCCGAUUCACACAGGAGCGGGGAGCUGCUAGCAGCUUCUAUCGGGUAGUUGAUACCAUGAGAAUGAUGUUCGAGACAAGGGCUCUGGUCAUUUCCGACAAGAACAAGCAGAAGAUGAUGAUCAAGACGCUCAACUCUUGA